UAAUUGUUUCACUUGACUAUUAAUAUAUAUCCUGUAUCACACUAAUUCUGGAUUAAUCUCCUGAACACUGAUCGAAAAAAUAGUGGGUUUUAGUGGAGUGUGUUAUCAGAAAAAUAAAAGUUUGUACUGCUCCGCCUGGUAUAUCAACUACACUGGCAGACAACAGCAGGGGUCAAUAUUUUUGGCCCAGUUGCGGAGGCAGGGCUGGUUAGUGCGACUACAACCUACAAGAUGAAUACAAUCAUUGUUCUGUUACUUUUCCAAAGUGUUGGCAUUAUUAGUCCAAAACAUUACCUUGUAGAAAUACAGCAGGAUGAGUUGCCAUUAGAACCUGAGCAGAAAGAUGUGCAAAUGGGGAGUGAUUAUCAGGGAGGACUAGAUAUAGGAGCACUACUUGGAGGACUCGGAGGAGGUGGAGGCGGGGGUGGUGGAGGUGCAGGUGGACUAGGUGGAAUACUUAGUGGACUACUAGGUGGACUUGGAGGAGGAGGAGGAGGUGGUGGAGGUGCAGGAGGGGGUGCAGGGGGAGGUGGGGGUGGGCUAGGUAGCCUAUUAGGAUUACUAGGACGAUGAGAUGAACCAGCUUCAUAUGAGUGAGACAUGAAUCUUCUAUAGAAAUUAACAUUUACUUAUUGGAAUAAAAAAUUACAGAUCUUGUUAAGAUUUAAU